CCUGCUUCGCGCUUCCGCUGCGCGUUCCCAUGGCGCUGAAGCGGAUACAAAAAACUGAAAAAAGACAUGUUUAGGACUUCUGUGCUGAGAACGUUUAUUUCCUUGUCACCAAAGUAUCCUUUACAGUGUUGUUCCAAUAGCUUUUUGGGAGAGAAGCCUGGAUGCUAAUCAAGCAUGAACUAAGUGAUCUGCAGCGAGAUCCACCAGCCCACUGUUCUGCUGGACCUGUUGGAGAUGACUUGUUUCAUUGGCAAGCAACUAUUAUGGGACCUCCUGAUAGUGCAUAUCAAGGAGGAGUAUUUUUUCUCACAGUGCACUUUCCAACAGACUAUCCUUUCAAACCACCAAAGAUUGCUUUUACAACAAAAAUAUAUCACCCAAACAUAAACAGUAAUGGGAGUAUUUGUCUUGAUAUCUUGAGAUCACAAUGGUCACCAGCUCUGACUGUUUCUAAAGUUUUAUUGUCCAUAUGCUCCUUACUUUGUGAUCCUAAUCCAGAUGAUCCUUUAGUACCAGAUAUUGCACAGAUCUACAAGUCAGACAAGGAAAAAUACAACAGACAUGCAAGAGAAUGGACUCAGAAAUAUGCAAUGUAAACUUUUGAAGACGUUUUCAUAUACCACAGAGUACUGUAAAGUCUAGGUUUUUUCAAAAUUAUAAGGAAAUGGAGCAGUUUAUGGUUUCAGUGUGACACCCCUUGAUUUUUUUUUCACCCAUGUAAGUGUUUCUGGAGCAAGAGAGGACAAACUUCUGAAAAUGACCUUAUGACUUUGGUAAGAAUAUUUAUCCUCUUUGAAUGCUUUACAGAAGACAUUUAUUAUGGUUUUUAAGAGUUGAACAGCUGCAUCUUCAGACUACAAGAUCUAUAAUUCAGUUGUAAAUCAGUGAAACUAUUUUUGCUGGGAAAAGCUUUUUUCAUGUGAUGAGUACUGUGUGUGUGUCAUUGAAGUAUCUUCCCUGUUUCAUAAGUGUGUUCAAGUUUCUUUUUGUUAGUUCUCUUAUAUAAUUUGUAUUUUUUUUUACUGUAUAGACUAUUUUAUUUACACUGUAAGUAAUUUUAUUUUAGACUUGCUUGUGCACAGUAUUGACAAGGUGAAACUGCUAAUAGUGAAAAUAAUUGGAGUAUCUCACUUAUUAGAAUAUUCUGAAGACUGACUGCAGACUUCUUAAAACCUAAAAUGAUCAUUGCACUCUAAAUCUGUGUGCUGAUUAUGGAGAAACACUUGGUUUUGAUUCUGUUGCAUACUUGACAUAAUUUUAUCGCAAUGUGAACUAGUUGCACUGAUAUGUAGAAAUAUAUGUAACCAUUUUAUUGCUAUUGACAACUGAUUUUUGAUGUAUGGGCAACAUAAUACUAUCACAGACCUUUUACAAAUCCAGAUGUAGCCCUUUCCAUAUAAAUAAAAUACAUUUUCUACUUUC